AGAGAUGCGUCAAAGCAAAGGAGAUUGAGUCUAUUUUACGCAAAUUAGAUCGUCCUUAUUCUAUUCCCUUCCUUGUCUUUUUAAUAAAAUUACAAAGUCCCACUCUGCCUUGUUCAACAUCCCCAUUAUUUUACUAUAAAGAAGCGACAAUUUCCCUCUCAAUAAUCCACCCCCACUAGCUCUGUCUCUCUCUCUCUAUCUCUGUUCUUAUUGUUUUUCUGUUAUGGGUAUGGAAAAGCUUAAUUUUGUGAAAAUAGGAGGGGUGAGAUUGCCCCCUGGAUUCAGGUUCCAUCCAACUGAUGAAGAACUUGUGGUUCAGUAUUUAAAGCGCAAGGUCUUCUCUUUCCCUUUGCCAGCCUCUAUCAUCCCUGACAUAGACGUUCACAAAUCUGAUCCUUGGGAUUUACCAGGUGAUUUGGAGCAAGAAAGGUACUUUUUUAGCACAAGGGAGAUGAAGCAUCCAAAGGGGAACAGGUCAAACAGAGCAACCAACUCAGGGUAUUGGAAAGCAACUGGACUUGACAAACAAAUUGUGAGUUCCAGAGGCAAACAACAACUUGUUGGUAUGAAGAAAACUCUUGUCUUCUACAAAGGAAAGCCUCUCCAUGGUUGCAGAACUGAUUGGAUUAUGCACGAAUAUCGCCUCGCCAAUCUUGAAUCCAACAACAUUCCUACCCAGGAAAAUUGGGUUCUCUGCCGAAUAUUCUUGAAGAAGAGAGGAGGCAGUAAGAAAGAAGACGAGAACAUGAAACAGAUGUUGAAUACAACUAGUUGUAGAGCAGGUGGAAAGAGUAAGCUAGUUUUUUACGAUUUUAUGAAUAGUUGGGUACCGGGUUGUUCUUCAUCAGUGUCUGGUUCCAGUGGGAUCACUGAGCUGUCUACUAAUGAAUCAGAUGAGCAUGAAGAUAGUAGCAGCUGCAAUAGUUUUACCACUUCGAUUAGAAGAAAAAACAUGGCUGUAGAUUAGAAUUAGAAUUUUCUUUCUUUUUUCCCUUAAUUAGUACUAAUUCGAAAUAAUUAACCACUUCAAAAGUUGUUUUUGGCUCAAAUUUCGCCUUUCUUAGACACUAUCUCACUAUAUAUACAUCGACGAAACAAGAGACAGGGGGGAAAAAAAAGAAGAGGGAAAACUACCCAUUUGGAGAGAGUUGGCAUGUUUUACUAUGUACUCAAUCCAAGACCUAGUGAAAAUAUUUAGUUUUAAAUUUAAA